CUGCUGCCUCUAUGAUAGCCUUCUCGUCCUCUGUAGGGUACAUGGUGGGAGAGGAUCAAGAAAUGAGGAUUAUGUGCUGCCCUAGUCAUACGUGACCAUACCAUAAUCGGAGCCGACGAACCCGCUUCUCACUACCAUGUCCGCCAUGGCGCAACGAUCCCUACUCUUUGCUGUCCUUCUGUUCGUCGUCACCAGCCUUCAUGCGCUCGAAAUUACGGACGAUGCUGCAGCCCCAGCGAAUGGGACCAUAAUCACUGUCGACAACAUCCAUCACUGUGCCUCUGUCCAACAACUAAGCGCCAUCAGGAUUGCUGCGCAGGCCCAAGGGUCUCCCAUCAUGCGGAAAAUCUUCGCUUGGCUGUUCCCCUUCGGCCCAGCGUGGAACUCAAUCCUGGGCACUUUCUAUAUCAGUUCCGUACCAAAUUUCAUUCUCGCGUUCAUACCGGCACGUAUAAAUGGAAACACCCUCAACACGAUGACAGCCUUUGCCACCGGGGGCCUUCUUUCUGAUGUAUUCUUGCACCUCGUACCACAUUCUUUCAUGGGUGAACACCAGGAUCCUGGUGUACAUUUUGUAAUGGUGGAAGAAAAGCGCAAUAUUUUAAUCGGGUGCGCCUCGCUAUUCCUGUCGUUUACGUUGAAGCAUAACUCGAAUAGUCUCGGAAUCUUCUCCGGUUUUGCCACGUUCUUCUUUAUCGAAAAGAUGUUGCGUGUGUUAGGAGGAGGGGAAGAUGGUUCAGGGCAUUCUCACUCACACUCGCAUAUCCAACAUUCUGACGAUUCCAGUGCACGCGCUUCAGCCGUUUCGAUGUUCUCAGGCUCAAAAAAUUUGAAAUCGAGGGCACCCACGUCUACUCCCACUGAAGCUAAGGAAACUUCGCCAAGACCUUCGCACGCUAGUGCAGGGCCCUCCAAGCUAUCAGCUUACCUCAAUCUUUUUGGGGACUUUGUUCACAACAUCACAGAUGGUUUGGCCAUGGCGGCAUCCUUCUACGCAUCGCCCCUCAUUGGGGCCACUACUACUCUCGCAUGCUUUGCUCAUGAAAUCCCGCACGAAAUAGCUGAUUAUUCAAUUCUGAUUCGAAGUGGAUUCACUAAGAAGCAAGCAAUGCAGUCUCAGUUUCUGACUGCCGUUGGGGCUUUUGUGCGUAGAACACUGUUCUUCCUUCUUUUUGAUGCUCAUUCACGUUCGUGGCAAAUACCUCCAUCUCCCCAAUCAUGUCGCUCUAUGAACGCACGCCGACAUAUGUUAAUUACUCGUAUCCUGGACGAAAGGUUGGGUCCUGAUCGGCAUCUCCGCACGAAUAGUACUCUCAUUGGGAUUGCGGUCCACAACGCGACGUCUGGUACCGACUCGGGAAGCUUCAAACACGAUCUCGGGGCAGGUGUGAGACGGAACGCGACAGGACUCGUGGGGACUACGCUGAUGAUCGCAGAUUUGGUCAUUCCCUUUGUCGCAGGAGGCUUCCUGUAUAUUGGCGCUGUUGCAGUAUUGCCAACGCUCCUCGCAGAAAGCAAGAGCGGAUCGCAGGCAAUGAGAGAGUUCGCGGCGAUGUUCGUCGGUGUGAUGUGCAUGUUACUGGUCGCCUGGAAUGAAUAGAACAUUUUAGAAUACUGUUGAGCCUAGUGCUCAGCUCAUGUGUGGAGCAGGCUUUCAAUUAAUUGUCGUUGUUAAGGAUCUUAAUAUUACAGGGUCCAUUGUAUACCGGUCCGCUUAGCGAUGUCUCAAGCUUCAAGAUGUACGUUGCU